AUGUCCUUCAUCUACCGCACUUCGAGGUUCGCUGCCGCUCGGCCAGUGUUUACCAGUCCCUCGCGGGCAUUCACGAGUUCGAGUAUGAAGGCCUUGAAGGAGAGUGACCGCCACAGGAGAAGAGAGAGGCUGAUGUACAAGAGGGGAUAUAUAGACAAUCCAGACGCCGCCGAAGCCAAUGAGAAACACAAGCAAGACCAGUUGCAGAAGCAGAAGGACGGGAAGGGGCACUGGAAGCCAGAGCUUGCGAGUGAUAGCGAGGAAGCUAUUACUGCGGACCGUCAUGAGGGACAUGGCUCCAUUGAGGAGAUGCAGAAGAAGACUGCAGACCAUGCAGAGAAGAAGCAUAAGCACGGUACAAGUCAAGAUCCGGGGCUAUGA